AUGGAGGUAGAAAUUGAUGCCCUCCAGAAAAACAAGACUUGGGAAUUAACAGAGCUUCCUCCCGGCAAAACCCCCAUUGGAUGCAAAUGGGUGUACAAGGUAAAACUUAAAGCCGACAAAACCGUGAAAAAGCACAAGGCUAGGCUUGUGACAAAAGGAUACACACAACAACUAGGUAUUGACUACCUUGAGACAUUCUCUCCGGUGGCAAGGAUAACUACUACUCGUACCUUCUUGGCUGUAGUUGUUUCUAGAAAUUGGCACAUCCACCAAAUGGAUAUUAACAAUGCCUUCUUGCAUGGGGAUCUCAACGAAACUGUGUAG